ACAUGGAAAAUCCAAGCCUAACCUGUCCAACAAGUGAAACGGUAAUGACUGAUGACGGUCUACCAACUGCAGUGUACAAUUACACAGUGGUCGUUUUAGACAACUCAAAUGAGGCCAUAUCACCUGUAUGUUCCAUACAAUCUGGUUUUCCUUUUCCAAUCGGUGCAACAAUAGUGGAGUGUAAUGCAACAGAUUCAUCUAACAAUUCCGCUUCAUGCAAUUUCACAGUCGAUGUUGAAGACCAGGAACCUCCAGUCGUCAAUUGUCCUAGUAACAUUUUCAUGCAGAGUGCUGUUGGAGUUUCCAGCUUACUUGUAAUCUGGGACCAAGUGAAUGCAACUGAUAAUUCACAGAAUCCGCCUAUGAUUACAUCCAACUACAACAGCAACGAUUCCUUUCCUCUCGGUAUAACAGAA